UUAGCUUUUUUCGUGCUGGACGGUUCGGAUGCCUUAGUUGGCUCUGUUUUUUUUAUAGUUACAAUCAUAUUUUUGUUUUCGUUUGUCACUUGCCACACUCUGUGCAUUAAAUCAAAUUGUUGGCCAACAAAACCACAGCGGACUGGGACAAAACACUCUGACACUCUGACAGUGCACUGCCCCAAAAGGAAGAAGAAGAAGGCGAAGAACUGCGCUUGCCUGACCCCAGCUGCCAGAAGAGCGACCGACGCCGACCGGCAGAGAUUCGUUGAACUCUCCGAUCUCCGACAAAAGACAGCCACAGCGGCAGCGUCCCAGCAACAGCAUCCCCAGUGGACCGGACCGGACCCUCGUCGUGCAAAUUUUCGUUGCUGCAGCAGCAUCCCACAGUUCCCAAGAAUCGAAGAACAACGCAACCACCAUGUCGGACGGCAUCGAGGUUGAGCAGAUCGUGGAGAGCAAGCCGAGAAGGAUGCCCUUGGCAACGUCGCUGGACAAGGACGCCAUACGCGAGGCAUACGAGGACGUGCGCUCCGAUCUCACAGACACCGAGUGGGCGGUCUUCAAAUUCGAUGGGCCACAGAUCAUUGUCCAUGGCCGGGGCCAGUGCUUUGAGGAGUUUCGUCAGCAGUUCGGUGACUCGGAGCGGGCCUUUGGCUACAUACGCAUACAGAUGGGCGAUGAGAUGUCCAAGCGCAAAAAGUUUAUAUUCCUCACGUGGAUUGGCCAGGAGGUGGGCGUCAUUCAGCGUGCCAAAAUGUCCACGGACAAGGCCAUCAUCAAGGAUGUCCUCAAUAACUUUGCCGUGGAGCUGCAGGCGGGCGUGGAGCCCGAGCUGGACAUUGGCCUGUUCCGCGAGGCGCUGAACCGUGCCGGUGGUGCCAACUAUGGCACGGGCAUACGGGACAAUUAGAUAUAGCCCCAACGACGACGACGAUCUUCAAGUUAUCUUCUUUUUUUUUUUUGUGUGCAUCUCUUCAAAUGGCUCACCAAGCAAACUGCGCUCCUCUUUCUUACUUACUUAAUUAUGAAUUAAUUGUAU